AUGCGUACCCAGCAUCUCGGCAUGGUGCUCCUGGCGCUCGCCAGCGCCGGCGAGGCCCAGCUCAACGCCCUGGCCAAGCGCGCCGGCAAGCUCUACUUUGGCUCGGCCACGGACAACGGCGAGCUGUCAGACACGGCCUACACAAACAUCCUCAAGUCCGAGUUUGGCAGCACAACCCCGGGCAACGGGCAGAAGUGGCAGUACACGGAGCCCAACCGAGGCCAGUUCUCCUUCAGCAACGGCGACGUCGUGGCCAACUUUGCCGCCACAAACAACCUCAUCCUGCGCUGCCACACCCUCGUCUGGCACUCGCAGCUGCCCAGCUGGGUCUCGAGCGGCUCCUGGACCCAGGCCCAGCUCACCUCCAUCAUCGAGACGCACAUUGCCAACGUCGUCGCUCACUACAAGGGCAAGUGCUACGCCUGGGACGUCGUCAACGAGGCCCUCAACGAGGACGGCUCCUGGCGCGACUCGGUCUUCUCCCGCGUCUUCGGCGGCGGCAACUUCAUCCCCGUCGCCUUCAAGGCCGCCGCCGCCGCCGACCCCGCCGCAAAGCUCUACUACAAUGACUACAACAUCGAGGCCACCGGCGCCAAGCAGGCCGCCGCCGCAAACAUUGUCAAGCUCGUCAAGUCCAGCGGCGCCCGCAUCGACGGCGUCGGCAUGCAGGCCCACCUCAUCGUCGGGCAGAUGCCCAGCGCCGCCUCCCUCGCCGCCACCAUGAACUCGUACCUCUCGGCCGGCGCCACAGAGGUCGCCUACACGGAGCUCGACAUCCGCCACUCGAGCCUGCCGGCCAGCAGCGCCGCGCUCAAGCAGCAGGGCGACGACUACGCCCGCAUCACCCAGGCCUGCCUCGCCCUCAAGGCCUGCGUCGGCAUCACCAUCUGGGACUACACCGACAAGUACUCGUGGAUCCCGGGCGUCUUCCCGGGCCAGGGCGCCGCCCUGCUCUGGGACGACAACCUCCAGAAGAAGCCCGCCUACACGUCCGUCAGCUCCGUCCUCGCGGCCGCCGCCACCGGCGGCACCAACCCACCCCCCGUGUCGUCGAGCACUACCCUGAUCACCUCGGCAACGUCUACGACUACGGGUGGCGGUACCACCCAGCCCACCGGCUGCACGGCCAAGAAGUAUGACCAGUGCGGCGGGGAGGGCUGGAUGGGCUGCACGGUCUGCGCGAGCGGGUCGACCUGCAAGGUCUCGAACCAGUGGUACUCGCAGUGCUUGUAG